AUGGAAAUCGAGUUUAAUUCAAAUGGAUGUGGAAGUGAAAACCUUAAAUUUCUAGAUUCUUAAUCAAUCUAAGUUUUACCAGAAAAGGCCAUAUAUAAACUAGAUAAAAUAUAUCCUCCUAAUUCAUUAUAGGAAUAAAUAUAUGAAGAUGUAGGUAAAGAAAUGGUAAAUGAUGUUCUUUAAGGCUAUAAUGGUACUAUAUUUGCAUAUGGAGCAACAGGUUCUGGUAAAACACAUACAAUGUUUGGCUAGGUUAAUGAUUAAUAAUUGAAAGGAAUAAUACCUAGAGUCAGUGAUUAGAUAUUUUCUUUUAUAAACUCUUGUCAAGACUAAGAAUUUUAGAUUUCUUGUAGUAUGUUAGAAAUUUAUAAAGAAUAAUUAUUUGAUCUUUUAAAUGUAAAUCGAGUUGGCUUAAAAAUCAAAGAAAAUACUAAAGAAGGAGGCAUAUAUGUUCAAGGAUUAACUAACAUAUAAGUUGAAAGUGAAUAAGACAUAUUAGAUGCCAUCAAUCUAGGAUAUUCAAGCAAAUAAACUCGAGAAACACGCAUGAAUGAGUACUCUUCAAGGUCACAUACUAUAUUUACUAUAAAUGUAUCACAAAAAAUGGCAAAUGGAUAGUAAAAAUAGGGCAAGUUAAAUCUUGUAGAUCUAGCCGGAUGUGAAAAAAUUGCCAAAACAUAAGCUUCUGGUGAGAUGUUGGAAGAAGCUAAAAAAAUAAACCUUAGUUUAUCAUGUUUAGGAAAUGUUAUUCAUUCACUUACUAAUGGAAAUGAUCACAUUCCAUAUAGAGAUUCUAAAUUAACUAGAAUUCUAUAAGAAUCAUUAGGAGGAAAUUUCAAAACUUCACUAAUAGCGGCUAUUUCUCCCCAUUCUAGUUAACAUGAGGAAUAAAUAAGUACUCUGAAAUUCGCAACUAGGGCUAAAACUAUAAAAAAUAACGUUAAAAUGAACAUUAUUUUAUCAAAUGAAUAAAUGAGGUUAUUAAUUGAAUAAUUAAAAGCGGAAUUAUUAAAAAGUCAGGAACAAAGUAAUAAAUGGAAAAAAAUAGCCUAGAGAAUGAAAGAAGAGCUUAAAAAUAAUGGAAAUAUAGGGGGUUAAUGUAGUUUAAGUUUUCUAAAAAAUUUAGAAGAGAUUUUUAAUGAGACUGAAAAUAGUUAAAAUGAAGUAUAAAAUAAUAGUUUAAAUGAAAAUAAUGGGAAUCUAGAUGAAUCAGAAAUAGAUGUGAGUAUAGGAGAAUAGGGAACUAAUAAUUAAAUGAAGAGUAUUUAUAGUGGAAAAAAGGAUUAUUUUUAAGGGAAAAAUAAUAAUAUGGAAGAAAUUUUUUAAUAAAGGAAAAAUAAUAAGAAUUUUAAGAAUUUAGAAAAAGAAAUUUUCUAGUUAAAAAAAUAAAUUUUGGAAAAUGAAAAAUAAUAAGCGGAUUAUAAAAUUCAAAAUUAAUAAUAAGAAUAUUAACUUAAUUAAUAAAAAUCUAAAAAUGAAUAUAAUUUGUUCCAAACUGAAGUUUUAUAAAAACAAGUUUCUUCACUAGUUUAAUCUAUUUGUAAAUAUGAAAAAUAAAUUAAUAUAUUAAUAUAGGAAAAAGCAUCGGCUGUUAAAAAUAAUGUAGAAGAAUAUCUUAAAUAAAAAUUUGAUUUUCAAGAAAUUCGUUAUUCUGAAUAUUUUAAAAAUACAUCAAGUUAAUCCAUUGAUAAUUAUAUUUAAGAGUGGUCUGAAUAAUAAAAAAAAAUGCAAUAAUUAGGUGUUGAUGAAGCUAAUAUAUUUUAAUUAAAUUAUAAUAAUACAAAUACAUAAUAAAGUCAAGAAAAAGAAGAAGAAGGAUUUAUAUCUUAAAGGAGAAAUACAUUCUAAAUUGCAGAAAAUAUACUUAAAUAAGGAAAACAAAGUAUGAAUAAUACUACGAAUUCUAAAUAAAUAAUAGAAAAAAUAUCCAGUUUUCCUUAAAAACUAGAAUAGUUUCACAGAAAAAACCCUAUUUCAAGAGAUUUAAUAAUAAUAUAAUUAAAAAAAGAAUUAUUUAAUUCAUAUAUUAUAAAUUAAACUUUGUCAAGAACUAUAUCAACAUUGGAAUGGUAAUAAAUAAUAGAAUAUGGAAAAGGAACAUCAUUAAUAGAAUUAAAUAAAGUAUAAAAAAAAUAUAUAGAAAAUCUAGAAAAAGUAAUAAAUGAAUCAAGCACAAACUAUAAACUUUUAAGAAGUAAAAUAGAAUAAAUAGAAUUGGAAGAGCAUAUAUAAAAAGAUGCAAAUAAACAAAUCGAAAAAAAAAAAAUAUUAAAGGAAAAUUAAAAUAAUAAAAUAUUAAAUGAAUAAAAUGAUAGAUAAUCAUUUAUAAAAAGUUUUUAAGGAAUAGAAUUAACUUAAUAGAGUAUAAAUGAAAAUUGUUAAGAAAAAACAAUUAUAUUAAAAGAACUAAAAUAAAUGGAAGAAAUUAUUUAACUAAAUGUUAUUCCUUUAACAUAUGAAUAGGCUAUGUUAGAACUAAAAGAAAGAAAUUUAUUAAUUAAGAGAGUAUAUGAUGAAAUAAAAGAUAAUUUUUUCAGUGGAAUUAAUUAAUAAUUAAUCGAUUUAAUUCUUAAAGAAAAAGAAAGGCUUGAAAAUAAAGUUACUUCUUUAUAAAAUGAACUUAAUAUGGAAAUAGAAAAAUCUCAAUAUUAUUCAGAUGCCUUAAAAUCAGAAAAAAUAAAUUGUGUUUUAUAAUAAGAAUAAUCUAAGGAAUUAGAAUAAUAUAUGUUGAAAAAAAUAAAAGAAGAAAUUGAAUAAGCGGAAAAAAACUAAAAAUUAAUUAAAGAAUAGCACGAAUCUGAAAUAUAAAAAUAUUU